GAUUGCACUCAGAACACAUAGGUUAUAAAGCAUUAUACACAUAUUUAAAAAACAUUGGGUUAAAAUAAAAGAAUAUAGAGUAGGGUUCCACCUAGGUCCACACUCCAUUUCAGUAGGUGGCGGUAAUGCACACCAGAAGGUUGCUUGCCAACUGCCAUUAAACAAAAGAAGAAGAAGAAGUCAGAGCAUUUGCUCGAGUUGCUUUCCCUUUAACUAGCUUGUUGUCAAUAUUGUAAACAUCCCGAGAAACAAAGAUGAAUCGACGACCAAGAGCCACUGUCAAAACUGUGGACUAUGGAGAGCCAGAAGAUGACUGGUUAAAUAACGAUGACGCCAAUGAAGAGGAAUGGAGACCACCUGAGCGAAAAGCCCCCUGCCCAGGUUCCAGGGCCUCUGCUGCAGGAGAAAAGCAGGCCGCUUCCAGGAGAACUUCCAGAGCCAAAGAGCCUAAAGUGCCUAACAAUGAAACGUUGCAAAAACCUGCUACCAAAAGGAAGGCACAAGCCCCUCAAAGUAGGGCAAAGAAAACCAUAACCAACUCCGAUGAGGGCAACAUGAAUGAAGGUGAACAUAAAAGCGACAUUAAAAGUGAUUUACCGGCCAGUCCGACAGCAGCAGAGGGUGGGUCAAGUGUCAGAGCAAAAGAGGAGAGAGUCUCGUUUACUGUGUCGAAUGCUGAUGAAGGCCCAUCGUUUUCUGGCUGGACAGCAAAGAAAGAAGAAGAAUUGGAAGACUUCACCUAUGAUGAACCUGCUCUGAAGAAACAGAAGACGGGCGCUGAUAGUCAGACUGUCCUGUCAAAAAAAUCACACGUUUUGGCGAAAGGGGACCUUAAUAUGAACUGGGACACGAUAGAGUUGCUGUCCACUUUCACGUGCGUAGAACGAUGGGUGUGCGCCAAUGUGGUCACCUUACUCCGUGAAGAGAACACGGUGCCUUUCAUUGUGCGCUACCGCAAAGAGAUGAUCAACCACAUGGAUGCAGACGCUGUGCGGGACGUUCAGCUUGUGUACGAAGAUCUAUGCACAGUGGCAAAGAAAACCCAGUCUGUGGUCAACACCCUGAAGAAAGAUGGGGUCCUGACCACUGAACUUGACCAAAGCCUAAGGAGCUGCCGAUCUUUGGAUGAACUGGAUCACGUGUACACUCCCUAUAAAAAAGGCUGUAAGGUGACCAAAGUUCGCAAGGCCAAGGCUCUCGGCCUGGAGGCAGCUGCCACCACUCUCAUGGAGGCUCCACACAAUUUAGAUUUAAGGAUGUGGGUUAAACCUGGAACAGAGGGUCUGUCAUCUGUGGAUGAGGUUGCGACAGGCACAGAGCAUAUUCUCGCCUACACGAUAGCCAAAGACCCCGAGACCCUCACCUAUGUGAAAACAUUGUGUGAGAACAGCUUGGUGACCCUCCACUCAUCAGUGACCAAGGCUGCCCUCAAGGAGAAAGAAGAGCAGGAGAAAUUGGACCAGGACCAUAAGAAGCUUGGACAUCAGAAGAAAAAAAAGCAGGACAUUGACAAGUUUCAUCUCUACUUUGACUUCACCUGCAAUAUCCAACGCAUUCAGCCUCAUCAGACUUUGGCCAUUAACAGAGGGGAGAGUCUGAAGUUUUUGACAGUGAAGGUGAACAUCCCUGACAGGGUGAAGAGUUUCUUCACCGGGUGGUGCAUCAACACCAGAUGGAAACCAAAGACGUAUGCUAGAGAGGAGCAUCAAGCGUUAAUCAAGAGUGCGGUGGAUGACUCUUAUAAAAGGCUUGUUUUGCCUUUCCUAACAAGGAUGUACAGAACUAAACUCUCCACAACAGCAGAGAAGGAGUCGGUCGCCAUGUUUGUACGAAACCUACGCCAGCGCUUGUUAAUGUGUCCAGUUCGGGGCUGUGUCAUGAUGGGGGUGGACCCUGGCUUCACACAUGGCUGUAAGGUGGCAGUCCUCUCCCCAACUGGUCAGAUUCUUCAUACAGAUGUCGUCUACCUACACAGCUCCCGCAAUCACAAUGAGGCAGACAAAUUGCGCCACCUAAUCUUACAAUACAGCUGCAGCAGGGUCGUCAUUGGCAAUGGGACAGCGUGUCGAGAGACCGAGUCCUUCUUUGCUGAUCUCAUCGCAAGGCGUUUUUUUCACCCCCUGGAUGUGUCCUACUGCAUUACCAAUGAGGCUGGAGCAUCCAUCUACAGUGUGAGCCCUGAGGCAGUCAAGGAGAUGCCAGAUUUGGACCCCAACCUGAGGAGCGCAGUGUCCAUUGGAAGACGUGUCCAGGAUCCGUUGGCGGAGCUUGUGAAGAUAGAUCCAAAACACAUAGGCAUUGGAACAUACCAGCAUGAUGUUUCAUCCAGCGCUCUGAAGGCAGCUCUGGACAGUGUGGUGCAGGAGUGUGUGAGCUUCGUUGGGGUUGACAUCAACAUCUGUUCUGAGACUCUGAUGAGGCACGUUGCAGGUUUAAAUGCAGGCACGGCGCGGAAUAUUGCCGAGUGGAGAGAGCAGAACGGUCCCUUCGUCAACAGGGAGCAGCUGAAACUGGUCAAAGGCAUAGGACCAAAGAGCUACCAGCAGUGUGCCGGCUUCAUCAGAAUCAACCAGCAAACCAUGCACAGCGCCAGGUCUGCACCUCCUCCAGCAGCGCUACAUAAACCGGCAGCAAAGAAGGUCAAAGGAAAGUCCAGUGUCAUACCGACACACUUCAACCCUCUGGACCAGACCUGCAUACACCCUGAGUCCUACGAUGUGGCGCAGAGGUUUCUUUGCCUCAUUGGCGGCAGUGCUAACCACAUCGGAAGUGACGAGCUCAAACAGUGUGUAAACAGUAAAGUUGGCUCCAGCAGCGUUGAAGAGCUGUCUAAAACGCUGGGCACCACACCUGAGACCCUCCAGCUCAUCAUUGACGGCUUCACGCAGCCCCCUGGGUUUGACAUUCGCCAAGAUUUUGGGCAGGAGGACUUUAAGCGAGGUGUCGUAUCCAUUCAUGACCUACAGGUAGGCACAGUCCUGACAGGCCGGGUGGACAACACGUGUUUAUUUGGGGCUUUCGUAGACAUCGGCGUUGGCCGCGACGGUCUCAUCCAUAAGAGCAACAUUACUUUGGAUAAGCUACCCAUUAGCCAGCGGCGCCGCAGCCUUGCCUUGGGACCUGGGCAGAGGGUGGCGGUCCGGGUGUUAAAUGUGGACGCUCAGCGGGGACGCAUCGGCCUGGACCUGAUCAGGGUUCUGCAGUGAUGAGCACUUAAUUAGUUUUCUUGAAGCGUUCAUUCUUCGUUUAAAUAAGAGACUCUUAUUUGGACUAAGUCUUUCACGCUACAUUUUUCCCAAUUGUCGUGAAGCAAUGACUCAAGGACGGAACAGGACAUUUGGAUUUAUGAAAGAUCGAAAGAAGACAGCCAUGGAAGAAAGUAAACCAACAUGAAGACUUGAAGAGACUCCCAGCGUGCCACUGCCAGGGGAACGGGUGGAGGUUAGAAUUAGGGAUAGGAGGAGGAGAGCAUACGUUUAUUUUCUAGACUACAGCAAAGCCUGGAGGCUUUUUAGGCAUUGUCCCAGACAUAAUUAUCCCAGGACACACAUGCUAAUCGGCUGCUUCAAAAUUAAUCCCAGGCUCCCCAUUCACAUUAUCUCAUUUGUUUGUUUUUAUAAAAGCUGCAGUAAAUACGAGAUGCAAAAACAUAAUGUGGUUCUGAGAAAGCGACGGUCCCCUGUGCUGAACUUGAUACUGAAUGCAGAAUACCUAAUCACCGUAAGGGCUGCCGCCUCCCCUUGGGCUACAAAUAGAAUACAUUCUAGACGCACAAACACAAAGACAUAUUUGAUCAAGCGUAAUCACAUGUGGCACUUUGCUUUCAGAUGAUCGGUCAAAGCUAGACUUGCAUAAUAUUGCCACUAUUUGCUCAGGCUUUUCUCUUUCAGAGAGGAUUACAUUUCCCAUCUGCAUGCCUCAUUCUGUUUUGAUGCUAACCUUUGUCAACAUGUGCCUGCACACCCCUGAUCAAAGUAUUGAGACCUGUGCAUGCUUUUCUCGCCUUCCUUAUUUUCCAUCCCUGUCCUAGACAUGAGGGCACAGACGGGACAAGCAAUCUGGCAGCCUGCUUUCAUUGCCCCUUUGUGUUCCACUCAAACACAGACGAGCAAUAAGAAGCAGCGUGACGGCAGGACCAUGUUUGUGGCUCUCACUUCUCAUCCGAUCUGCUACUUUCAGAUUUUUGUGAUAGAGUGACCUCAGGUGUGCCUUUCUAAAGUAAACGCUUGGCUAUUUGUUGUUGGUUAUAUGCAUCGUUUAGCAUCCAAAAAGCUUUCAGGUUCAUCCUCUCUAAGAGAUUUACCACCUGCCCGUGAAAAAAGAAACAUGCUAUAUAACUUCUAAAGGCUGGCCGCAUCCAAUAAUAACAAACACCACACUGACGAUCUGAUCAAUGCUUUUUCCAGAGUACAGGCGGAUCUGCUGCCACAUCCGUAAGGCUUAGGAGGAUAAGAUCCCAAUACAAGAUUUGUUAUUUAUGUGUCGUUGAGUGUAUUAAGCCAAUAAGGUUUAAAAAUUAUCGUGACUUGUAGAAAUGACUGGCCUUUAGUUUGACGAUUUUUCCAAUAGUUAGAAAAGAACAGCACCGCUAAUACCCAAAUUUAAUUUGAUGUUACGUCAGCUGAUUUUUACAAUGUCUUAUUAGCAGUAAAAUGAGCGCUUUUGUUUUCCAAUCUGAGGUUUCUUUACUUGUUUUUGGUAAGAAAAUAACACUAAGAAAAAAAUGCAAUUAUUUAACAGCCUCGUGUGUUUCCUCCACUCCAAUUCUUUGUAUAAUUAGCACCCAAUAAUGUUGGUCUCUUUAAAAAAAUAACCUGUAUAAGAAGGUCAAACUUGCUAUAAAUGUGUCUCUGUGUUCUCGUUUUAUGUACCUGCUGUGAUUAUCUUCUUAGGAUCACUUAUAAAGCAAUCUUACGCACUUUUUUUGUCACUUCUUUCUGCUGUUGAGUGACACUUGAAGUCCUAAAGCCUAAAGCACUAGAACAUUCCAAUUAUUUGAAACUGGAGCUUUCUGAACAUGUCCAUUUUUUUUAUUACAAAAAUACAUUUUUAAUUUGUAUAAUUUUUUACACAUUAUCAAAAAAGAAACAUGAACAACAUCAAGCAUGAAGACUUUCCGGCCAAAUGACAGAAAUUAGGAAGCUCUUUCACAACAUUAUUUUUAUGUUUUUAUGUUACACUGAACAAAAAUAUAAACGCAACACUUCUGUUUUCUCUCCCGUUUUUCAUGAGUUGAACUCAAAGAUCUAAAACUUUUGCUGUAUACACAAAAUACCUAUUCCUCUCAAAUAUUGUUCACAAAUCUGUCUAAAUCUGUGUUAGUGAGCAUUUCUCCUUUGCCAAGAUAAUAUAUCCCACUUAACAGGUGUGGCAUAUCAAGACAUUUAACUGUUUUACUAUAAAAUACAUAAUGACAUUUUUGAUAAUUUCACAGUGCAUCAAUACAUUAACUGUUCAUACUGAUGUGUUGGCGAAACAGAAAAUGCGUUUUUCUCACCUUAUCCCUUUCAAAUUUAAAAAAGUUUGUUUUCAAAAAUCAGGUGUCUCUUUUUUUCUUCUUUGAGGCAAACUUGCAGGAUCACUGGACAGCCCUCGUGGAUCAUACGUUAAAUGCAUGCAUCUGAUCUGAUACGUCAGGCUUUUUAGGAAAAAAAACGAUUUACACUGAUGAUGUAAAGGGCUCAAAAACUUGUUUCACUUCUGAAACGAUUGGCGUUUCACUAAGAUGGAGAGAGAGAGGGAUGAGGCUGGAGGAAAGAUGGAUGGAAUGAGGCAGGAAAUGAGAAGGCUUUCUCCAGUUUCACUCUCUGUGACCUCAUCAGUGUGAUCAUGGGUUUUAUGAGCUUUCCCUCUUGACGCCCACACGCCAGGACACACACACUUGUGCUAUAGUAUGUAUUUAUUUCACACGUCCAAAGGACCACAUAUCUUGUGGCUUUGUCGCUCUUUUGUGUUGCUUGAAAUCAGGAUCUCCACUCAUGACACGUCUCUUAAUGACUCAUCAGCAUGCCUACAACUUUGAGACAUAAAGGCAUCCUUAGAUGGGUUUAGUUCGGGAGGAGGCUCACAAAUAUUCUUCAGUGUGAAUUGACAAGAAUUUGAUAACCUAGGAGUGUGUAUCCAAACCUGAAGUUUUCUGGAGAGACGGCUUUGCAGUUUGGUUUUGAAUGCAUUUCCAGAGCGAGGGUGCAUUUUCGCUCCUUUGCACUCGUCUGUGGCUAAUUUUUAAUGCUUUCCAGUGCGUCAUGUAAGAAAAUGAUCAGCUCUCACAGUGCGGUUGUUUCAAAAUUUACCAAAGCUCUGCUGUGUUAGAUUUACAGGGGCAUAAAUUUAAUAUAUGUGUUUUCUCGCCAUUGCUGCCUGUGUCCGCAGUAGGCUUUCUUACGCGGAAAGAUCAUGUUUUAUACUGCCGAGAACUACAGUCAAGCCAUUCACUUCAAGUCAAAUGUGUAGGCGGGAUGGCAAUGUCUAGCUUCUCAAUCAGUGGGAACAUAUGCGGCACAGUGAAAGCCGGCAACGGGAUAUGCAAAUAAUCUGGAAAAGAUUAAGUCAUUUCUGGGGUGCAUUUGAAAGGGCAGUUCUAUUGGAGCAGCUUUGGUUAUGGUUGUGAAGUCAUUAAUUGCAGACUGAAGGAUGGACAUAGAUUGUAAACACUGGACGACAACUGAGAAAAUCGAGCUUUUGGUGGCUUUUUAUUUAAAAAAAAUGGUAAGCUUUAAGAUAAGUUAUUAUCUCUGGUCUUCUUCUCAGUCUUCUUGAUUCCCCUUCGGGGUGAUGGACAGCUGUCAAGACGCUUCAUAGCAGCAGUCGACCUCCAGGGUCCCAACCCACCCCGUUGCGAGUUGUCGUGAUUAAAUGUAACAUGUUUAUGUGUGCAUGGCAUGGAGGUUUUUUCCCACUCCAGACUAGGCCCCCUUAGGAGCCCAGUCUAGAUUGUAUUUUUUUUACUCAUCUUCUUCCCCAGCGUUUGACCUUUUUCCCACCUUUUACGGGGUGCCUCGUGGCGACCCAUCAGCGUUCCUGUUCUGUAACCCUGUACACUCUUUGUAUGUCUAAUCUUGAACGGGUUUUUGCUGAAAACAUAGUUUCGUUGUACUUGUUGCAAUGACAAUAAAGACCUAUCCUAUCCA